AUGGAACAGAGUGAGCUAGGCUUUAAAAUAUUUGAUUCUAAAGCAAUUGCGGCCUAUAGCUUACAAUUGCAACAACAGCAACAAGUUCACAGACAACCUCCAAAUGCUUUCCUACAGCAACUUCAGCCCCCAAAUCACAGUCAUUACUCACCUCCUUACCACGGAAUAAGUCAAAUAGCCGAUUCAGACAUAGCUACUGGUUCUUCCACCGUACUGACAGCCAUUGAAGCGGACUCGAAACAAUUUAGAAAGGAGCUGGACAUUCUACCGCACGAGAAGAAGAGUGAUCACACCUUUGACGGACCAAGAGCAAAAAAUAGCGAACUUUGUACUCAUGACCAACAUAAAUCACAAAACCCAUUGGAAAAGGAUGUUUCGGAACGAGUCAGCUUUAUCGAAGUCGCGGAACAGGAUCAAGGAGAUAAACCAAGUCCAUUACUGAUCCGGCGGGUUGCUGUGUCUGUUGAGAUAAACGCAUUGGAAAGAGAUUCGUGUGCUACAACAUCAGACUCCUGCCCGAUAGGGCAUUUCAGGGAAGAGAUCGAGGAGAAUGCGUGUCUUCAAUCGAAAGCCGCAGCCUCAACGUCACUUGGCCUGCCCAUUUCAAAACCCUGUCAUCCUCUUCUCGCCUCUGAAUUGAGCAUUUCAUCCAGCGGCCAGCCAAAGAGUAGGAAAAAGUCCCACUGCCUUGCAGGACUACUCGAAGCUCGGCAUCGACGUAGUCACAGAAAGCUUCGCGGAGCAGCCUCCGAUGCCAAACUGAGUUGGUGUUUGGCAUGGCUUCACCUUGUCUGCAAUUUCGCCGUAAAUUACGAUUGGUACCAACGUCACCACCAGAUCACUUGGAUGGAGCCAGACAUGCAACAGCGCUUCGAAUUGCUCAAAUUCACCUACUUCAAGAACAAGGCCAUUCCACUCUACUCUAACUUACGUUACACUCUACUAUUGCCUGUUGUACUUUCUAUCAGUAAAGCUGGACGCCGAGAACUGCAAUGCCAUCUAGUCAGUCUGCUCUGCUGUCUGCCAUGCUGGCGAGCGGGGAACCUUUUUAAGCGUGUCUUGCGCCAGUUGGGCGCCAGAUUACUUCUCCUGGCUAGUACCUGUACAUUGAAGGCCAUCAGUGUGUUCGGUCGUGCCUCUGAUCACGACUUCUCGAAUGCACAGUCGCAUCAACUAGAAGUCGUCCGGUCUAACAAUGAUGCAGUUUCCUCUUGCUCGGUGUCCUCAGACUCAUCCCUAUCUUCAGCAUCCUCCCUCGAACCGGCACAAUCUGUGCUGCCUUCCAGAAAAAGAUACCAAUGCCGUGACCUUGCUGAAGAACCAGUACAUCAUACUAAAUCAACGCAUACGAUGAAAGUUGGGAAAGUUGACGAAUUGCGAGCCUAUAAGAGUAAAUACCUUAGCGGCCAGCGACCCGGACAAUCAGAGGAUUGCGGAAAAGUUGGCAGGAGUCGGAGCUCGUUAAGGUCACCCGCCAGCUUAAAUUGUGGCUCCUGGCGCUGCUGGUGCCAGUUUGCAGUACCCAAACGUUCCUCAAAUCACAAUGCUUGGCGCAUACCUAAAAUCAGGUGUAGUAUAUGGUGUUAA